UAUUUGUAAAGCGAUUUUGCACGAUCUUAAAUAAGAAAAUAGUCAGCCGUUGUUCGUCGGACCGUUCAGUUAAAGUUCUGUCGUCCGCCGCGUAUCGUUGUCUCUUCUUUUAAUUUUUUUCCCUUUAAGCUUUUAAUUUAAAUAGAAUAAUUAAUCGCCAUGGCUGAUGAUGAGAAAAAGGCUGCGCCAGCAGCGGCUGCACCAGCACCAGCAGCUCCAGCAGCAGCCGCAGCAGCUCCAGCAGCAAGUGGAAAAGCUGCACCAGCCGCAAAUGGAAAAGCAGCUGCUCCAGCAGCAAACGGAAAACCAAAAGCACCAGAAAAACCAAUGACAGAAGAAGAAAAGAAAGUUUCCGAGGCUAAGAAGGCUAAACAAGCCGAAAUUGAACGCAAGCGUGCUGAAGUACGCAAGCGUAUGGAAGAAGCUUCCAAAGCCAAAAAGGCAAAGAAAGGUUUCAUGACACCAGAAAGAAAGAAGAAACUUAGGUUGUUGUUGCGUAAAAAAGCUGCUGAAGAAUUAAAGAAAGAACAAGAACGUAAAGCCGCCGAACGUAGACGUAUUAUUGAAGAAAGAUGCGGUAGUCCUAGAGAUCUUGAUAGCGCUAGCGAAGCUGAUCUUCAGUCCAUAUGUAAACAGUAUUGGAAAAGGAUAUAUGAAUUGGAGGGUGACAAAUUUGAUUUAGAACACAUCGAGAAAUGUAAAGCACAAGAGAUCAACGAUCUUAAUGCUCAAGUUAACGACCUCCGUGGCAAAUUCGUCAAACCAACCUUGAAAAAGGUAUCCAAAUAUGAAAACAAGUUUGCCAAAUUACAAAAGAAGGCCGCCGAAUUCAACUUCCGUAAUCAACUUAAAGUUGUUAAAAAGAAGGAAUUCACCUUGGAAGAAGAAGAAAAAGAGAAAAAACCAGAUUGGUCCAAAGGCAAACCAGGUGAUGCUAAGGACAAUAAUUCUAGCUUAUUAACAGACCUGCCAUAUUUCAUCUUUAUUUAUGCUUUUAACUUGAAGCGCAUACUCCCGAAACACCAGCUUAAAGAUCAUCAUAAAUAUUUUAUAUUACGAAUAAAAUCACAUUAUAUAAAUACUUAUUUUUUUUUUGUAUUUGAAAAUUUAGCCAACUAUUUGUAUUUGUUUUCUAUAUUUAAAUAAAAAAAAAAAUAUUAUUAUAAUUCAUAUAAAUAUAUAUAUGUAUAUAUUAUUGUAUAUAAAUAUAUACAACUACAAAACAUACACAUGUAAAUUUUAAAUAUAUAAUUUAAUUAUCAUAAUAGUAGCAUAACAUUAUGUAUAAUAAUUAAAAAUAGAUCAAAAAAACAAAAAGCUAUAAUAACAAUAACCAAUAAUAGAGAAAAGAAAAAUUAUUAAAACAAAAAUGACAACAACAAUCAACAACAACAAUCAACAACAACGAUCACCAAAAAAUUUUUUUUAUCCUAAAUGAAAAUAAUUAAAGUAAAUUUUAAAUUAAAUAAAAACAAAAAUAUAAUAAAACAAUUAGAGAAUUGAAAUUAUUAAAUUAUUAAUUUAGAAACUUUUAAAAAUUUCUUAUAUUUUUAAAAAAUUAUUAAUUUAUUUACAAAAAAAGGAAAAAAAUAUUAUUUAAUUUAAUUUUACUUUAAUUUUUUUUGUAUUUUUAUUCAAAUAUAAAAUUUUAAAUUAUUCCUUUUUUAUUUUCAUAAAUAUUUGUUUUCUGGUUUAUAAUUUUUGUUUUUGAAAAUUUUUAGUUUCAGUUCGAUAUUUAUUUUUUUACUUGUUCAUUAAUUUUUUUUCUUUCCGAUCUAUAAAUACAUAUAUAUGUAAUAAUAUACAUACAUAAAUGUUUUUGUUUUAAUUGUAUAAUUUAAUAAUGAGAAAAGAAAAGAAAAAUUAUUAUAUUUUUUAAAUAAAUUGUAAAACAUCCAAUUUUAAUUAAUUUAAAUAAAAAUAAUUUAAUUAAUAAAAAUAAAAAUUUACUAUAUAACAACAA